AUAAUAAGGUAUUCAAAAAGUACUCAAAGAUAUGUGAGUGCUUCCAUGAUUAUGAUUACUUUAAUCAGAACGUAGAGCAAGUUGUGAUUGUUUAUGUCUAAAAAUUUCACAUUAAAAAGACAAUUGUUCUGAGUCCUGUCCACAUUAGAGAGAGAGAGAGAGCAAUGGCGAUGGCUGCACGAGACAUUGAUGAAUUGCCAAAGAACGCAGCAAACCAUACAGCAUUAACGCCAUUAUGGUUUUUGGAAAGAGCAGCUAAGGUUCAUCCAAACAGAAAGUCAGUCAUCCAUGGAUCUCGUCAUUACACAUGGCAUCAGACGUAUCAACGUUGCCGUCGAUUCGCUUCUGCUCUUUCUACCUUUUCCAUCGGACUUGGAAACACUGUAUCUGUUAUUGCGCCUAAUGUUCCAGCUAUUUAUGAAGCUCAUUUUGCAGUUCCAAUGGCAGGGUCAGUGUUAAACACAGUGAAUAUUAGGCUAAAUGCCUCCACAGUAGCUUUUCUUCUAAGUCACUGUAAUGCAUCAGUUCUAAUUGUGGAUCAAGAGUUUUUUUCAUUGGCAGAAGAAGCAUUGAAAAUAUGGUCUAACAAAACAAACACAUUCAAGCCUCCAAUUUUAAUUGUGGUUGGCGAUGAAAAUUGCGACGCUAAAUCACUUAGAUACGCGUUGAGCAAAGGCGCCAUUGAUUACGAGGAUUUUCUUCAAAGAGGAGACCCUGAGUACGGUUGGAAAGCGCCCGAAGAUGAAUGGCAGAGCAUUACUUUGGGGUACACGUCUGGAACCACUUCGAAUCCGAAGGGAGUGGUACUACAUCACCGCGGAGCGUAUCUUAUGUCUCUUAGUGCAGCAAUGGUUUGGGGAAUGAAUCAAGGAGCUGUUUAUCUUUGGACUUUGCCAAUGUUUCAUUGCAAUGGCUGGUGCUAUACUUGGACACUUGCAGCUCUCUUUGGAACUAGCAUAUGUCUCCGCCAGGUAUCUGCGAAGGCCGUAUACGAAGCCAUUAACAAAUACAAAGUGACUCAUUUUUGUGCAGCGCCGGUCGUGCUUAAUUCGAUAAUGAAUGCCCCGGCUGAAGAUACCAUACUUCCUUUACCACAUGUUGUAGAUGUGAAUACAGGUGGUGCACCUCCUCCUCCUUCUCUAUUGUCCGGCAUGUCCAAACUCGGGUUUCGCGUCAUGCACAAUUACGGUCUUUCAGAAACCUUUGGCCCGUCUGUCUACUGCGCGUGGAAUCCAGAGUGGGAUUCGCUUCCAGCGGAAUCCCAAGCCAGACUCCACGCGAGACAAGGUAUUCGCUACAUAGCCUUGGAAAACCUCGAAGUAAUGAACCCGAAAACAAUGCAACCCGUUCCGGCCGAUGGCAAAACCAUCGGCGAGAUCGUGAUGCGUGGUAAUGUCGUGAUGAAAGGCUACUUAAAGAAUCCUAAAGCUAAUGAAGAGGCUUUUGCGAAUGGAUGGUUUCAUACUGGUGAUCUUGCUGUGAAACAUGAAGAUGGAUAUAUAGAAAUUAAAGAUAGGUCAAAAGAUAUUAUUAUUUCGGGUGGUGAAAAUAUAAGUAGUGUGGAGAUAGAGAAUGCUCUAUACGCACAUCCUGCAAUAUUGGAGACUUCAGUGGUUGCUAGGCCAGAUGAGAAAUGGGGUGAGUCUCCAUGUGCAUUUGUGACAUUGAAACCAGGUGUGAGUAGUAGUAAUGAAAAGAGGUUUGUUGAGGAUAUAAUGAAUUUCUGUAAGGCUAAGAUGUCUGCUUAUAUGGUUCCAAAAUCAGUUGUGUUUGGGCCAUUACCUAAGACAGCUACUGGGAAGAUACAGAAGAAUCUGCUGAGGGCUAAGGCUAAGGAGAUGGGGGCUGUCAUGAUGAGCAAGAUGUAAUCAAAGGUUUUAAAAUAACGGUCGCGGUUGCUUUACGAUUUCGGUUCGGUAGCGAUACUGAUUAUAAUCCUCGCGGUGAAAUAAUUAUAAUUUAUUCAUUAUCAUAAAAAUGGUAUCUGACACCUUCAAAUACCUUAUGUCGCGAUCAUUUUUGCAAUACCGUACCGUUUUUAAAAUCUUGGUUGUAAUAAUAGUAGUAACGGGAUUGCUUGAUAAUAAAUAGAAGCUUGUAACUGUUGUUAAAGAUAAUUUUGAUUACAUUAUUGAUAA